AUGGCGAGAUCUCGCCUAAGUGAGGCAGCCCAUAUUAAUUUUCAGGCGUUGGAUGGAGUGAACGACUUUCUGAAUAAAUGGAACAAUAAAAUACUGGAGCACAUCAAAAUAAGGUCAAGCAGCGUUCAUGCAUGUGUUGUGAAACAAAGAAAAGGUGAUCGCUAUAAAGUUAAGUACGAUAAAAAUGGUAAAACUCAACUGAGAUGGUUUCCUGUUAGUCAAGUAACAUCGAAAACUAAAAAUAUCGAGAACAAAAAACAACCAGUAAAAAAAAGCCAAGACACAAGCGACCCAUCUGAACAAAGAAAGUUUCACAGGAAGAAGAAUAACUUUAGAACACUGAGCCAAAUCCCCAGUGACAGAGGAUUACGCUUAGUAGAAGUAGAGGGUGAUGGUAACUGUUUUUUUCGAGUGAUUGCGCCCCAAAUUUACGGCGAUAGCAAACUUUACAAAUCUGUAAGGGUUAAAACAGUCGAGCAAGUGAUGAACAAACCAACUUUAUUCAACCAAUUUAUAGAAGAAGGCCAGUUUGAUGAAUUUGUCGCCACGCUAUCAACGAAUCGUGAAUGGGCCGAUAAUUUAGCCAUUCAAGCAGUCGCUGACGCAUAUGGAAUUCUAUUUGAAAUAAUUAAUUCCAAUCAAGUACAAUAUGGUACAAGAAUAAUCAAUCCACGCGGUGUCGAAAACCCUCAUAGGCAUCUAGUUAUAGCUCAUAUUGCAUCUUAUGUCGACGAAGUUGGAUUUUCCCUCUCCAAAACUGCAGCGUGGGUGGAACAGUUAACACGAAAUCUUUGA